GGGUUGCCCACUUCCAGAUAUGAGGAGGUGGCACGAAUGCAGUAUUUAUAGGGGCCACUUACAGCCUCCAGAUCAAUCCGAAAUCGGCAGUGUCUCAUACCCAUUAAUUCCUCAGACUCCCUGUCGAAGACUAGACUUCUUGAAAUCUGCGAAGAUGAGAAUCUCAAUCUUGCUCCUAGGACUUCUGUCUGUCAUCGCCGGGGCUUCAGCUCUACCACUUAAGGACAAAGUCGAAUCAUCCCACGACUUCCCAAUUUGGAAGAAAAGAGACGUAGAAAGCGACGUCAAAGACCAUGUAAAAGAGGAGGAAGAAGAGAGCACAGGCGACGAAGAGAGCGAAGGAAGCAAAGACGACGAUAAGGAAGAAAGCGGCGACGAAGACAAUAAGGAGAACCAAGAUGAAGACAAGGACGAGUCGGACACAGAAGGAGAAUCGGAGAAGAGCGAUGAGAGCAAGGACGAGGAGAAUAAAGACGAGGAGGACAAAGAUAAAAAGGAGGGUGAUGACAAAGUCGAUGAAUCCGACAGCAAUGAGAAAGAUGCUAAAUAAGAUAAAGUAGCAACUAUACUGAAGGAGCAAGAAGAGGCGAAGGAGUUGCACAGUUAGAAUUUUUGGAAGAUAAAUGCUCUAAUUCAUUUUGUUUUGUAUCAUAUUUCAUCUUAAAUGUAGUAUUAGAAAGAAAAACUUUCUCUCAGUGACCAGUUAUGUAAACUAUUCUGUGGGAAUUCAACCAAUAAAAUUUUGAAUAAUCA